AUGGUUCACCGAAUGCUAUUAACCGUCUACCACAAUCCUACCAUUCAGGGCCCCGAAACGAACCCUGGCGUAAACGGGUUCGCAUCAAAGGAUGCUACUCGUUCGGUCCCGUACGAUGAAAUGACAGUUGCGCGCUGCACGGCUGCGUGCAGCGGUGCCGGCUUCACCAUGGCGGGCCUUGAGUAUGGGGGCGAGUGCUCUGGUAACCCUGGAACGGGAACAUCGACACCUGCGUCCUCCUCGAGUCCCGCGAUCCCCUCCGUCCCCGGCCACCUGCCGAUCGUUGUUUUUGGUCUCGAGUAUGGCCAGGAGUGCUUCUGCGGCAACUCCUUCAACAGCGGCUCCAUUGCUGCGCCCAUCACCGACUGCAACAUGCCUUGCGCGGGUAACCCCUUCGAAUUCUGCGGUGCCGGGAACCGACUGUCCGUCUACACCCGCGACCUCACGUCGCUUCCAUCAGUGACGGGAUCCACUCUUUCUCUUUCCUCGACGACAAUGACGACAUUGUCGACCUCGGGUUGCUGGGUAGAUGGCGCCAACGGUCGCAUCCUCUCGCACCAGGUCCCCGAUGACCCCGACAUGACCCGCCGAUCCUGCGUCCAAGCCUGUUCCAAUCUCGGCUUCGCCAUCGCCGGUGCCCAGUAUCAUACGCAGUGUUUUGCGGUAAUUUCAUCGCAAACGGAGGCGUUCUCGCGGCUAACCAGGCGCCCGCUGAGGAUGGGUGUUUUCUCCGUCGAGGCGCCAGCGGCACUUUCGCCCCCGGCACCGCAGAAGACGGGCCUGAACGGCAGCUGGGAGUACGUGGGCUGCGCGAGAGACAACAUCAACAACAAGCGAACCUUUCCCUGGCAGCUCUACUUCCCCGGCACCCUCGACGCCAACCGAUGCCUUGCCAAGUGCGCCGAAUUUGGGUACAUGGCCGGCGGGCUCGAAUACGGCGAGGAAUGCUACUGCGGCGACCCGAGCGACUUUUUCGACGGCGGUUCCUCGUUCGUCGACGACGCCGAGUGCAACAUUGUGUGCGCGGGCAACUCCAAAUAUCUUUGCGGCGGAGGGUCCCGCAUCACCACCUACUUCUGGAAGGGGGACCCUCUGUACGAGUGGUCGUGGCCCCAGACCCCGCCGAAGCCGGAAGCUACGAGUUCUUGA